AUGAAGUUCGGUUUGAUUUUGCUUUUCGCUAUUUCUUACAUCAGUUUUUCCGAUGCAUGCUCGUGUGCGGGAAUUCCAGGAUUGGAGAGCUAUUGUGAAGCUACCUUCGGUGGUACAUUCAAAGUUGUGGGCCCAUCAUACUAUUGCGGAGAAAUGGAAAUUUGCUAUCCGAUUGAAAUUGUGCAACAAUUCCGUGGUGCUCCUGUAUCGGCUACCGUUUUGAAGACAAAUGACAAUUCAGCCGCUUGUGGCGUAUAUUUAGAAGAAGGAAACACCUACUUUAUUGCCACAAAUCCAGUAGAUGAGGAAACGUUCCAUGUGUACUCGUGUGGACUUCUUCAAAACUGGACUUCUAUGACAUGCUGCGAAAUGAUUGCAGAAGCGAAGAAAUUAAAUUGCAAAAAUUACACGCCAUCAGCUAUCUAA